AUGAUGCCCAAUAAGUAUGAUCUGCAGAGUGAGAAGGCUUGCUUUAGCAUUUUUGAUUUUGCCUGUUCUUCACUGGGCCACGCUACCAGUUCCUUGCUGAGUUUCGGCUCCCGGAAAUUGCAGAAGGUACUUUUCGUAAUGCCGAAGGGUCCCGACGACGUUCCCUCUUGCUCUGAGACCAAACAUCUUGAAACUCUUAGCCCCGAGAUUAGUUGGCCGAGUGAUCUGCAUCCGGAGCUACAUGGUGACAUUGUUUAUUCGCAAUCCACAUCUUACUCCUCACCUCUGGAUUCAUGCUCGCAUUCACUAUCCCCUCGGUCAGAUGGAAUCCUGGCUUCUGGCGCUGAAUCUAUCCAGCCGGGCUCAUAUGGGCCCUGGCGGGACUCAUGCUUUGAGAGCCGUGCAUCCAAGUUUGAAGUAGGCCACAUAAGCGGGGCUAGAGUCGAACAAGAAUCGAGUCCUCCAGUCUCUGAGUGGUCCUUGCUGACGGAGCCGAAUCAAGCCUUGGUCCUUGAUCAACCCCGUUCUCAUUUGGCACUGUCCAAUCCAGUUUCAUUUGCAUCGCUUUCCCAAGUUCAGGAGGAAUCAUUCUGCGAUGGCAGUGGGGAGCCGAGCAUGGAAGAUGAUUUGGGAGACGAAGAGGAUGAGGAGGCUCCUAGUGAACUGGAAGUUACAGGCGAUGAAGUAAGGGAUGAAGGGAAUACGAGUGGGCAAUCACAAUGUGAAGAGGAAGAGGAAGAGGUCCCAGUAUUGAGAGAUUUUCCUCUACCCGCCGACGACAGUCCAACAGACCAUUCACUUUGUUCCUCUUCUCCAUCGGGACCCUCACUGGCCAUAAGUGAAGGUAUCGUCACUAACUCGUUACAGGAAGCACUCUCUUUGAUUGACUCUCCUCCCGCCACCCCGGCCACCCCCAUUUCUCAUUGCGCUCCUGUCGAAAUUUUCCAAUCUGAGACUGCCCUGACUUCCGGAGAAAUUGUCACCCAUACGUCGAGAUUUCCUGAGCUUUUUUUGGCGACGAUUUCAACAGAGUUGCCAACUGAAACUCAAGAGGAGCAGCUUCGAAUGGACGAUCACGUGACCUCCCCUUAUGAGAGUCAUAUAUGUAAUUCGCCUCCGGUUUUUUGCGAGUGCUCCCCCAACUCUCAUUUUUCUGCUGAUACAGCCAUCGCUUCUAUCUCAACAUCAUCUUUUGUAGCUGGGCAGCCGAGAGCCUCUCAGAUUACAUUAUCUGCAUCAGGACCUAAUUCAUUUAACUCUCUUCCUCUCAUUGAAGGGUCCUGUGAAUUGACUAUAGGUUCACCUGGCAUACAAUCAUUGCUUCUAAAUAUAGGCAAGUAG